CACCCGCCCAACGACACUGUCGCACAGUCUGGCCUGGGUUUUGACAGUCACGGGCUACGACGACGACGAAGACGACGACCAUCGCCGCUUCCGCAUCCGAAGGCACGCCGCUGGCCUCCUCUCACCGAAUCCUCGCGCAUCAAAGAACACCGACCAAGCGAGCGCCACGAGGCGACGACGAGACAAAGAAGGAUCGUAUCAAAGCGACAAUCGGAUUCCAUAUCACCACCACAUCAAACCGAGCGUCGAAUCUGCUCGGUGCCGCUGCCGCUGCCGCUGCCGCUGCCACACGAACGUCCGCCAUCCGCCAUGUCGAGUUACAACGCCCGUCGCGCGCCCAAUGUGUCGCAGUAUGUCGCAGGCCUGAACCAGCCUGCGCCUGCCCCGGAAAUCCCACAAUUCGACGACUUCGACCCUCCCUUUGACACUCUAGCCAACCUCGAAUUCUUCGAUUUGGACGCCGCUGCUGCCUUCCCCAAUCCAGACCCUACUUUCCCACACGAUGCACACCUUGAUGCCAAGAAUGGCCCGCAGCAAUUCAAUGCCUUCAACGACUUCCAGGCCUUCGCCGCCACUACACAAGCCUCGCCUUCCUCGGCCUUGCCGUCGCCGCCUUCGCUGCAAGGAAACUACCCUCCGCAGCCCCAAUACCAGCACAACUCGCCUGUGACCGGCGACAAGCGAAGAGCAUCUGCCGCUGCCCUUCCCACCGCCGCUGACCUGGAGGAAGCAUCUCGUAUGGCUGCCGAAGAGGACAAGCGCCGGAGGAACACUGCCGCCUCUGCUCGAUUCCGUGUCAAGAAGAAGCAGCGCGAGCAGGCCCUUGAGAAGCAGACCAAGGAGAUGACCGACAAGGUCAACGCCCUCGAGUCCAAGGUUCAACAGCUCGAGAUGGAGAACAAGUGGCUGAAGGAGCUAAUCACUGAGAAGAGCGAUAUAAAGAUCCUAGAAGCCAAGCUGGAGCAAAGACACACUGAGAACAAGGACGCUGCCUCCCGGAGUACUGAGAGCCACACUGACGGUGUAGGCACAAAGGACGCCAAGACGGAGGAAGCGUAGAGCUGACAUCUCGAGCAAAAGUAUUUUAUGCUUCACGUGAUUCUAGAUUGGGCGUUUCAUCAUAUGCUACCGCGCUAGUUUGUCUUUGGCACAACACCUUGGCACUUUCCUACAUACAAAAAUGUUGUGGACGCGGAUUCACUCAGGCUGUUGAGGUCUAAUUAUACCCCAGCCUUCCGACAUUAAAUUCUGAAUACAGAUGAAUGCAAGCAAGCUUCUGCC